AUGGGGAAGACAUCCGCCGAAGCCUCGAAUGAGGACUAUGAGAAUGGCGUAACCAACCAGGACCACGAUGGCAACACCGAAGACCAUCAGCUCCAACCCUUCAACUCCAAAGUCGAACGCCCCCAGUCCCUCGCCCGCGAAACCCUCUUCGUUGCGGUCAUCUGCUCCUCCCAGCUCCUCACUCAAGCCGGUCUUGCCCUCAGCAUCGUGCCCCAACACAUCAUUGGUCGCUCAUUCGGCAUCGACAACCAGCCUGCCCAGCUGAGUUGGUUCUCCGCGGGGUACUCGCUCACCGUCGGCACUUUCAUCCUUAUCGCUGGACGCCUGGGCGAUGUCUUCGGCCAUAAGCCCUUCUUCGUUGGCGGCUACGCCUGGUUCGGCUUGUGGUCGGCCCUGGCCGGCGUCGGCGUCUACAGCAGCUCCAGCUUCUUCAUUUUCUGCCGCACCAUGCAGGGCAUCGGCCCGGCUUUCUUACUGCCCAACGCCAUCGCGAUCCUCAGUCGCUGCUACGACCCGGGGCGUCGCCAGAACAUGAUCUUCAGUCUGUUCGGUGCCACUGCCCCCGGCGGUUUCGUACUCGGCGCCGUUUUCUCCAGCCUGCUUUCCCAGAUAACCUGGUGGCCCUGGUCUUAUUGGGUCCUGUGCUUUGCGUGUCUUCUGAUGGGCGCCUUGGCCGUCGUCAUCAUUCCCGCAACCCCGGUUCCAAGCAAAACAGGGCCUGAAAGUGCCAGUAUCUGGCACCGUGUCGAUAUCUUCGGCUCCAUCACUGGCGUGGUCGCCCUGGUCCUCUUCAACUUCGCCUGGAACCAAGGCGCCGUUGUCGGCUGGCCCACACCUUACACCUACAGCAUCAUGAUUGUCGGCAUCGUCAUGUUCGUCGUCUUCAUCCUCGUCGAGAAGAGAGCUAGCCACCCCCUGAUUCCCUUCGGCGUCCUGCAGAUAGAAUCGCUCUUCACUCUAGCCUGCAUCAGUGCCGGCUGGUCCAGCUUCGGGAUCUUCGUCUUCUAUACCUUGAAUUUCCUCGAGGUCCUGAGGGGCCAGACCCCUCUGCUCACGUCCGCCCAGUUCACUCCGGUCGCCAUAAGUGGUCUGUUUGCUGCGGGUACCACCGGUCUGAUCCUGAGUCACUUCCGCACUUCGACCGUGAUGCUCAUCUCCAUGACCUUCUUCCUCAUCGGAGGGAUCAUCUUUGCGACUGUACCAGUGCACCAGACCUAUUGGGCGCAGACUUUCGUGGGGAUCAUCGUCCUCCCUUGGGGUAUGGACAUGUCCUUCCCCGCUGGUACCAUAAUCCUGAGUCGGGCUAUGCCGCGGGAGCAUCAGGGUCUCGCCGCGUCGCUGGUCAAUACCUUUGUCAACUACUCGAUCUCCAUUGGGCUCGGGUUUGCCGGCACGGUCGAGGGACAGGUCAAUGAUGGCGGGAAGAAUGUUCUACAAGGGUUCCGUGGCGCACUUUACAUGGGUGUUGGACUCUCCGGCUUGGGUGUAGCUGUUGCUUUGAUAUUCUGUUUUGUGGAGCGGCAUCAGUCCAAGAUGCCAGAAAAGGCGGCGCAGGACAAGAGCGAAACGCAGGAGUACGUUUAG